ACAUCGUUUUCAUCCUCAGGAAUAUAUCGGCGAACCAGCGGCGGAUGGUGAGCACAUGCUUUCAAGUAUCGUAGUCAUGCGUGAAGGCCCCGCUGAGGAAAAAACUUGUUGGUCAAGGUUCCGGAAUUCAACGAAGAUUGUAAUUAUCAUCGUGUGUCUUUCAUUAUUCAACGACAGUUUGCUGCUAACGUUGGUUGAUCCGAUCUUACCGGAAAUGCUUUACGAUUUGGAACAUCCCCAGCAAUCGGAAAACGAUUCCAAUAAUCCGAACGACACAUUAUCGUUGUCACAAGACAGGGACGUGAAUAAAGACAUAAAUAACCAAGGUCGCUAUGGUUACCUGAUUGCAGCCAAGGGCAUUGCACAGUUUGUAUGUAAUCCAUUCGUCGGUUAUAUUGUAACAAGAUUUGGUUAUCGGAAGCCGAUGUUGUUUGGUAGCUUGGUCCUUCUCCUCUCCACAUUAGCUUUUCCCUACAGUAAAACUUACUGGAUGUUGAUAGUUACUCGAGUGUUACAAGGAAUCUCGUCCUCGCUGACAGCGGUGACAGCUCUAGGACUUGUAGCAGCAACAUUCAAAGAUGAUUAUCGCCGGGGAAAUGUAAUAGGCUAUGCGUUUAGUGGAUUGUCCAUUGGAAUUAUCGCUGGUCCCGUGUAUGGAAGUCUUCUGUUUGAAUUUGUCAACCCUGCUUUUCCUUUCAUUCUUCUAUCUGGUAUCAUGAGCUUCGCUAUAUUUCUUCAGUUAUUAACAAUGAAGAGAGAAUCCUCGGUGAAGCACCUACAUGGCUCCCUCUGUACAUUACUCAAAGAUCCCUACAUCAUCAUUGUCGCAUUAAAUAUUUUUUUGCUGAAUCUCGAUGUCUCAAUUGUAUUGGCGUUCUUACCGAUAAGACUUCUUGAACUGAUAAAUGCUUCCACUUGGCAACUUGGAAUCGUUGUUCUACCGACAUCUGUUGGAUACUUGGCUGCUGGUUUAAUAUUUCCUCGUCUCGUCAGAUGGUUUCCUAGGUGGAUUCAAGGUCUCGUUGGUUUGUUCUUCAGUUCCCUGUGUCUUAUGGCGCUAGCCUAUUCCAUAACGUUUACGAUGAUGUUGGUGGUAACAGGAUUCCUCGGUCUCGCAGUUGGUUUGAUCAGUACAUCCAUGCAGCCAAUAUUUGCGCUUGUGGUUGACAAGCGUCACAGUGAGGUUUAUGGUAACGUCUAUGCUAUAUCUGACAUGGCCGUGUGUUUAUCAAUGAGUUUGGGUCCGUUAGUUGGCGGUCCACUUGUUUAUGCUUAUGGAUUCCAGAGUUUGGUCUAUGGCGCUGCAAUACUGGAUAUGGUGUGUACACCGAUAACCAUAUUUCUCAGAGACAUUCCAGGAAAGAAAAAGAUCGACAACGAAAAGGCUCCAUUAUUGAAGGACAACGACAGUUCAGCAGGAAAUCCCUCAGCAUAAUCUUGUGAAUGCUAAUAAUUCUUCAAAUACAGCAUUUGGACCUUAUAUGGCAACAGAAACAAAAAAAUUAUGACAUUAUUCCAAAGACUCAAAUUUUGUCUUUUGUAAAUUUGAAAGAAUGAAACAUUCCCGAUGAUUGCUUAAUUAAUAUUCUUUAAUAAAGAAAAUCAAGGAUUUGUAUAUAGUAACAUGUAAUUUUACAACAUGCCACAAUCAUAUUCUUGAAACUGAAUCUGUAUACUUUCACAACAUUCCUAUAAACUUUGAAGAAACUUGCAAAGACAAAUUCUUCUGCUGUGAUAGUAUUUGGCUCAAGGAACAAGUUAAUUAUUGGAAAGUAAAAGAACAUUGAAGAGAACAAGAUGGUAAACCCUUUUGAUGCCAACCUGCUUGAGACUGUACCUGAUUCUAAUGACGGAAACUUCCUGUUUCAAUCCUUUUGGUACCAAGUUGCACAAGAUCACCUCGGAUUAUAUGAUACAAACUUCUUGUUUAAAAGUGAUCAAAGAACCUUCCAUCGAAAUUUCAUCCUUAUUUAAGUUCCAAACACCAGCAUAAUAAUAGCAAAGCUAUUUUAUCAAAUUCUUUGUUAUUUUCAAAAUUAAUUGAAAUAAAAGAAUUGUAUUUUAGCAGGAAAAUGGUAAUAAAGGGGUUAAAUGAUCUAAUCUAAAAUCUUCCAUCAAAAUUUCAUAUUAAAAUAUGUUCCAAAUACCAGCUUAAUAAUGACAAUGU